AGAAACAUGGUUUUGAGGGUGAGAACGAGUCAAAAGGUUAACUUCCCGACUGAAAAUAAAGGAAAAGUUAAGAUCCCACUCCCCUAUAUAAAACACUUUUUCUCAAGAUAUUUGCUACGAGACAGUACCUAGUUUUGGUCCAAGCAAUUGAAACAUCAUCAUCAGUGAAAUGGGUUCUCUAAUGGCAGGAUGGGAUUCUCCUGUAUCGGCUUCUAAAUCAGCAACAAUCCAAAGGAAUCGAUCACUUACCAAGGAAGAGAUUGAAGCUUACUGGAAAUCUAAGAAGAAAACUGAGGAAGAUCAUCUUAAGGCUAUUUAUAGUCCAUCAGAUAGCUCCAACCAGCUGGAAAUUCCAUCUCAGGACUAUGGAAGGAGCAUUAUGAGAUCAAGCUCCAUGCCUUUACCUCAUACAGAACAGGGUUUCCUGCACAUGGACGCCGAAUCAAGCCUGGAGGAUAUCGUAAAGAAAAAUGGGUGGUAAGUAGCUAUAAAUCUUAGUCGACUCAUCAAGACAUAAAAAUGGUGACAAUUUUUUGUUAACGUGGGUGACUGUAU